AUGAAAUGUUGCAAAAAGUCAAAAAAUAUAAAGGAUCCAAAUCCUAAUAAUAUUUAUCCUCCACCAUUAGUAAUUAAUAAAUCUUUGGAUAUUAGCUCAAUUAUAGAUGAUGGUAGAUUCUUAAAUUAUAAAAAUACAAAUCUCCAAGAUGAUUAUCCAAAUAGUAAAAACUCAUCUUCUAAAAUUUCAAUAGAUAAUUUGGAUAAUUUAACUCACAAUAAUAAUGAAGAUAUCUCUGUAUCAACAGAAGAAACAUCUAGUAAUAUAAACUACUCAGACAAUAAUUCUGUAAUAUUGGAUUUUGAACAAAAACCAGUAGGAUAUUUAUCUAAUACUACGAAACAAGAUUCUUUAAUAUUAAAAUCACUUAAAGAAUCUAAUAAUACUAUUAAAGAAUCUAACAAUACUAUUAAAGAAUCUAACAAUACUAUCAAGUAUUCCAACAAUAUUAUUAAAGAAUCUAAUAAUACUAUUAAAAAAUCUAAUAUUACAAAGAUAUUAUCUAAUAAAAGUAAAGAGAAAAGGAAUAUCUUAAAACCAAUAAUAUUCAAAUCAUCCUCAUUUAGGAAAUUAAUAAAAAAUAUUUUAGUAUUUAUACGAGGAAAAUCUAGUUCAAAAAAUAUAGAACAAAAUGAAAUAUCUAGUGUAAUUAUUAAAACUCAAACAUCAAAAGAUAACUUUAUAGAAGCAACAAUCACAAAAAAAUCAUCUAUUGAAAAAGAUAAUGAGAUAAAUACAAAAAGUAUUGAAAUUCCCAAAAUAAUAGAAAAUUAUUUAAAUAAAAAAUUAUCAUAUAACAUUCAACCAAAUAAUUAUAAUUCAAAUUCUUUAUAUAAUCAGGAAGAUCUUAGAGUUGCUCUCACGUAUGAUAUGCAAUUAUUAACCUAUGAACAAGGUCCAUAUCCUAUUCCAAAUAUGCCUUAUAAUCAAGAAUUAUAUUCAGAACAAUAUUUCAAUGAAAUCUGUAAAGUUAUUGAACCAAACUGCUCUAAUUUUAUACCUUGUAUAUCACUCUCUUCCAAGUAG